UGAUGUAAUACCGUGAUGUAUUGCAGUUAUAGCCACGAUUCAUUGUGCCAGUACCUGCAAACCCUGACUCCAGAGAAAAAGCAAGAUUUUCAAAACCCUAAUCCCCAAAUGGCCAGCUAUUCCAAACCCUAAUUUCUGCGAUUCAGUUCGUCCAGGAAAAAGUUUGUUAGUAGAUCAUGAGGACCAAACAACCGUGCAGGGGAAGAGGAAGGCCACGGAAAACGCCAAAUGUGGUGAGUGAGAGAGUGGUGAGUGAGAGGGUGGUCAGCGAGCGAGUGGUCAAUGAGAACGAAAACGCAUUCUUGAAUUUUGUAAAUCACAAUACUCACAAUGUUGAAGAAGGAAAUAUUCUUGAGUGUUAUGAAUCUAGUCGCGAAGACCGUGAUGAUGAGGAAUUUAACCCUGAAAUGGAGAUUGAUUCAGCUAGUAAUUCUACUUCAAUCGGGAGCGACUGGUCAGGUGGGGAUCAAGAUGGGGAUCAAGAUGUGAGCUCUGUGGAUAAGGCAGUGCAAAAAUUGCUUAAGUAUGUUGAAGAAAGCCGCCAGAGGGAAAAAUCGUCCAAGAAGAUUGAUCGUGCGCAAACUAAACAAUUGACAGGCUUGGGUUCUCGGAAUAGAUUCCCGAAUGAGGAAGAGGCGCCUUCUCAUAAUCGUCCGCAAACUAAGGCAUUGACAGGCACGGGUUCUUGGAGUAGAUCUAGGAAUGAGCAAGAGGCGCCUUGUCAUAAUCCUGCGAAAACUAAGGCAUUGACAGGCUUGGGAUCUUGGAGUAUAUCUCAGGAUGAGCAAGAAGCACCGUCUCAUAAUCGAGCACAAAAUAAGGCAUUGACAAGCUUGGGUUCUUGGAAUAGAUUCUCAAGUGAGCAAGGGGCGCCUUCUCAUAAUCCUGUGCAAACCACUCCGUUGCCAGGCUUGGGUUCUUCAAGUAGAUUUCGGAAUGGGCAAGAGACACCUUCUCAUGAUCGCGCAGAAACUACACCAUUGACAGGCUUGAGUUCCUGGAUUAGUUUUGAGAAUCAGCAAGAGGUGCCUUCUCAUGUUCCUCACUUUAACAAGAAAGAAUUGAGUGCUUCCCUGGCGGUUAUUAAGAGGGUUAUGGAAAUGGAUGCAUCUGUACCUUUCAACGCUCCUGUGGAUCCAGUUGCUAUGAGAAUGCCUGAUUACUUUGAUGUCAUAGAUACACCAAUGGAUUUUGGAACAAUAUGCAACCAUCUUCAAAAUGGUACUAAAUAUAUGAACUCAGAGGAUGUGUUCAGGGACGUCCAAUACAUUUGGAAGAACUGCUGCACCUAUUACAAUGAGGGUAACUUUGUUUUGGACCUUAUGAAACGGGUGAAGGAGAAAUUCAUGACAUAUUGGACAGAAGCUGUUUUGUGCAGUAAAGAACCAGGACCAAGAAGUGUCUUAAAAAGCUCUAAUGUGGAGAAAAGGAGGACACGAGGGCCCACUGUUAACCGUAUACUAGAUCAAGUUCCUUUUGGGGGAAGACUUGAAGUCACCUGGAGGAACCGGAGAGCUGUAGGUGAAAGCUCCAAAUUGUUCAAAUCAGCGUGUACAGCCCUGGUUAGGCAAACCCGGGAGAUACCCCUACAGGUCAAGUCGUGGAAGAGUAUCCCAAUUGAUAUUAAAAAGAAGGCAUUUGAGCGUAUCUUGAAGCGCUUCAAAGUUGAAGAUCACAUGCGAUGGGUGUUGGAACAGAUUCAUAGAUCCUACCACAGUUAUCGGCGUUACCUCAAGAGGUUGUGGUAUGAUACAUGUGGGACAAUUGAGGAAGCACUGCAAAACGUACCACCAAGUGUCGCUGAGGAUGAUUGGCAGUAUCUUACAGACUUAUGGAGCUCACCUGAAUGGAAGGCAUGGAGUAAGAAAAACAAGGAGAAUGGUUUCAAAGAAAAUAACUUAAUUCACACUUGUGGCUCCAAGAGUUUCUCGCAAAUCUACGAGGAAGAGAGAAAGAAGACUGGAAAUGACCCUGGUCGCAUACGUCUAUGGGAACUCACCCAUUUGCGGUCUGAUGGAAAAGCUGCCCAUCCAGCUGCAGAGGAGGCAUUGUCAAAGCUCAAGGCACUUUAUGCUGAAGUCUCUGCGGGGAACUUGCAUAUGACUGAAGACGAGAUUUAUGAAAAGGUUUUUGGACCUGAGCGUCCGCAGAGGGAACGUGGUAUAACCUCCAAAGAGCUAUGGGGUGAACUCAGAAAGCAACUUGACGAAUCAAAGCAGCGACAAGAGGAGUCGGAACAAAGAUGUGUUGCUGAGGUACAGGGUUUAAAAGAGCAACUUGGUAGAGUUGAGGGUUUGUUUUCAGAGCAAAUGAAUCGGUUUGAAGGUUUACUAGUACAGUUGGCGAGUCAAGUUAGUUCCCCUGUGCAGACAGAGAGGCCUACUGUAAAUCCACCCUCCCAAAGAGGCCGACCGCGGACUGUCCGACCUAGAAGAUGAGGUCCACAUCAGCUAUAUUUGUGUAUUGUAUCUCCAGUAAGAACCUGAUGGUAAUUUAUUUGUUACUUUCAAUGGCCCAAACGUGUCGUGUGAAUUACGUGGAUAAAUGUUGAAUUUGUAACUCACGUACUUGUAUCAAUGGAUCGGUGCAGUAGUUUCUCGUG